AUGGUGAAAGGCUUGCACGGCCAGAACCUUCCCGCCGACGUGGCGCAGGUGGUUGAUCAGCUGGAGCGCCACUGCUUCGCUCCCGAUGGAUCACUCAUCUCCAAGCCUCUCUUCAACGAUCUCCAACUCGCCAGAGAGGAAAUGUGCAGGGAAAGACUGCGUUACCUGGAAGCCAUGGCGAUAUAUUCUGAGGCUAUUGCAAUGGUGGAAGAGUAUCAGCAAGCCAUUUCUGUAUCUAACCUUGGUGGAAUUAGAGAUACUAGCAACCUUUAUCCACAGCUCGGGUUGAGGAACUCUCCUCAGGUUUAUCAGACUUUAGAGCAUCAAAUGGUUGUUGCUGAAGCAGCUCAACGAUUGAGACUACCUCUUAUCUCCAAAGAUGGGGAAGUUCAUGAUGAAGACAUUGAAAAGCUAAGUGUAGUGUCUCGAAGCUCCCUCGACAGUAAUGUUAGUGGGGCCAACUCUAAUUAUAACACUCCAAACAGCUCUGUUAGUGGAGCUAAUUCUGCUCUUGCUGCUUCGGAUCCAGGGGAGCUUGGAGUUGGUGGUGUUCCAAAUCGUUUUUUGGGAAUUACACCUGCUUAUUUGUGGCAAACUCAGCAUCAAAAAACACCAUUAUCUGUGGAUAUGACAGAAUAUCGCUUGUCUGUUUCACGGGAGGUAGAUGCUCGCUUGAAAAUGAAAUGUGAAAAAUUAUCAGACGCCUUUGUAUUGGAUGACAAUGAUUCUUCAUCAUCUGGAAGUCAAAGUUCAAGUUCUCGGCUUCCAGAAAGGGUGAAAUUGUUGAUUGAGGAGAUUGAAAGAGAAGAAACAGCACUGCGUGAUGAUCUUUAUUCUGCAGAUAGAAAGUUUGCUGAAUAUUACAAUGUCUUGGAGCAGAUACUUGCAGUGCUUAUUAAACUUGUCAAAGAUUUGAAGUUGGAGCAUCAACAUAAAUAUGAUGACCUGCAGAAGACUUGGCUCUGUAAAAGGUGUGAGACCAUGAGUGCGAAAUUGAGGGUUCUAGAACACGUUCUCCUGCUUGAAACUUACACUAAGGACUCCAUACCUGCCCUUCAUAAGAUAAGGAAAUAUCUUGUCGAGGCAACAGAAGAAGCUUCUAUUGCGUAUAACAAAGCGGUUACCAGGCUGCGUGAGUACCAGGGUGUGGAUCCUCACUUUGACAACAUUGCAAGGCAGUACCAUGACAUUGUGCAGAAAUUGGAGAACAUGCAAUGGACAAUCCACCAAGUUGAAAUGGACCUGAAACGUUUGCCAGAUAAACCUAGCACAUAG